UUUAUUGCCAGGACGUUGUUUUGCUGUUCAUUUGCAAGGCUCAGUUCCUAGAUCAGUCGGCAAAUUCAGAGUUAAUUUUAACUACCAGUUCCAGUUGAACUUUGUUGUUUCCGUAGUCAAGCAUUAUGUCCAUAAACGAACAACCUAUUGUCAUCGUUGGCACAGGAGAUUUUGGAAGGGCUUUGGCGACAAGGCUCCAUCGCUUUGGAUUCAAAGUUGUACUUGGCUCGAGAAAUCCAAGCACCGUUGAAGCCAAAGUUAUCCCUCAAAAUGUCGAAGUGCUCGAGAACAAAGAAGCCCUACAACGUGGAAAUAUCAUUAUCUUUGCCGUCCAUCGCCAAUCUUACGAAGCGCUUGCGAAUGAAUACCGAGACAUGCUAAAGGAGAAGAUCGUCGUAGAUGUAAACAAUCCACAAACUUCCAAGAAAGGAGCUCAGUCAAGUGGCGAGUAUUUGGGCAGUCUGCUACCUGAAAGUAAAGUUGUCAAAGCGUUUAACGUAAUCUCAGCCUGGGCACUUGAAUCUGAUUCGUUUGGUGGGAGUAAGCAGGUCCCUCUGUGCUCGAACAACGCUGAAGCACGAAGGAUAAUAUUCCAGUUGGUUCGUGAUAUCGGUUUUGAGCCUAUUGACCGAGGAAGCCUGAAAACAGCCGAGGAGCUCGAGUCCAUUCCAUUCCGUUUCUUCCCAUCUUGGAUUAGCCCUGUGGCGUUUUCUUUCAUCUUGUUACUGGUUAUCACGUUGUACGAAUUUCUGCGCAGAUACGUCAAUAAUGGAAGUGUAAAUAUCAGAUGGGAAAAUUUUCCUGUCAGCAAACUCAACAUUUACUUUGGAUUCAAUGCAAUUGGUCUCCUCUACCUUGCUUACCUUCCUGGAUCAUUGGCGGGAAUCCUUCAGCUCAUCAAUGGUACCAAGAGAAAACGGUUCCCAAACUGGCUAGAUCAGUGGAUGAAGGCUCGUAAGCAGCUUGGCCUGAUGGGGUUCUUCUUUGCUCUUCUCCACGCCAUCAUGGCCGUCCUUAUCAUGAAUUCAGCGUUUGCAGGAAGUUUCUAUGAGAAUUAUAAGGUGCAAGUGCAAAACAUAACCAUUAAGCAACCAGCAAAGCUCAGCUUAAACGGGGAGUUGUCCAUGUUCUUUGGAAUCGUGGCUUUCUGUCUUCUGUGCCUAUUGGCAGUUUGUUCUCUUCCAAGCGUCAUCAACACAAUGAGCUGGAGGGAGUGGAAUUUUGCUCAGUCUGGUAUUGGUCAUGUGAUGAUUGUCUGCGCCUUUUGUCACAUGUUGACAAUGGGGACGUUCUCCAUGGUGCGAAGAAACUGGAAGUUCAGCUCCAAUUAUCGCCUGCCAUCUGUUUUUUACAUUGAAAUCGGCAUGGGUUUUUUCGUCAUCUUCCUCCGUCUUCUUCUCUAUGUCCCUUGCUUGUAUAUCCCUCUGCAAAAGAUUCGACAUGGUUGGGAGAGGUCUGCCAAUGGAAAUGUCAAACCAAAGGGCGGUGCAGAGUUAAGAAACUAUGAGAACACUUCGGUCUAAAAUUUUGAUAAUCAUAAGUUUUUCAUUGCUUGGUCGACAUCAGGUUUACUCAAACUUGCCUUUAAUACUGGCCAAAUUUUCCCUAGUGGUGCAUGAUGGGCACUUUACAGAACUGUAUAGAAAAUAAGACGCAUUGAACUGAGCCAAGAACGUCUUCCAUGGUCGGUGGCCAUCACCAGGUUUAAAGAAAAAUAUAGAACAUAAAGAGCACUUUAUAAUUGUAAUGACAGAGAAAUUCUUGGUUGUGGCCUAUAUUAAAAAAAUAUCAGUUUAUUGUACCAAGUAAAAAUGACAAGAAGUAAUAAAUAUACGGUGUUUUAGUAUUUCACGGACUUAGGGCUGUUUUCAUAUAGCCUUGAAAAAAACAUAUACUAGUAGAAACUGUGAGAAACGCUAAAUCAGUUAAUUGAUAAAUCUGGUUUUUAUUAAAUCAAUAAUAUGCUAGAAAUCCAAACUGCAUUAAUAACAGAUAAGUCGAGUUAACAGACAAAAUGUUCUUUAUGUAUGACGGACUCCCUGUAUAACCCUGGAGACUGGUACUUUUCGCGUCACGCGCGCGCGAGCUAUUGUAGCUUCAACAUGGCGGAACUGUCAGUACUUCCCCGUUUUUUCUUCAGUGUUUUUCUGUUUUUGCACCUGGCUUUAGCAAAAAAAUGCAUAAAGCUGGAUACUUGCAGCUGUGUAAUGGACGAUGGAUCGGGUAUUGUUACCUUACACGAGCUGGAUAACAAAAGUGGCGUCCCAAAAUCAGAAUUCACAAAAAUCCCUCAGUCUGGCUCUGGUUCAUUCGUAUUUUCAUGGAAUCCUUGUACAACAAUAAGUAGUAUAGCUGCAUGCAAAGAUAGCAAUUCAUGUCAAGUUAAUAUUGAUGGGGAGUAUGGUAAUUAUCCUGCUGGAAGUUCUAAUACCACUUUCACUAUGGAUUCUGAUGGAAAUCCUGUAAUAACAUAUGGAGGGAUGAUAACAGGGGGUCAUUCAAGAUCUUCAAUAAUCACACUCGCAUGUGACAAGACACAAAAAGUUGGAGAUUUUGGCCAAGGUUUUAAUGAAAAUAACCCAGACAAAAGCACUAGUCAAUAUACAGCUACAUUGAAAUCAAGGUGUGCUUGUCCUGGUGAAUGCUCCUUCUGCAAGGAGUGAUCUCAAUGGUUCUUCUUUGCUUGCGCUAUAGGUGCCAGCCCUUAUGACGAAUACAGCAUUGCCCUAAAUUUUUAUAUUUUUAUGUCAAGAAAUAAUUAAAAGUGCUUUUUUAUAAAUUUAAUACCAUGAGCAAAGCUCAGCUUAAUAAAUGUUAAAUAUUUAAUAUUAUAAAAUACAGUCAAAGACAUGCAUGGGUGUUUUAACACAUGUUAAAAAAAAGAAAACAUAUUAUAUAUUAGCAUAAUAUAAUCUUGUAGACUAAUAUUGUGGAUCAAAAAAUAGACAAAAAACAAUCAAAGAGAAAAAGACCUGAUGUUAUAAUUAUAGAAUAUUUCACAGGUUUUCUUAUCUAGAAAUGUAAUUUAGAGACAUUAUGAAACGUUUAAAUAUUGUAAAUCUGCUUUCGUUAGUUUUUUUAUUAAUAAAAGGACAAUUGCA